ACGGAAAACUAGUCAUGCGCAGUAGAGCUUGUGAUGGCAGUAUGGCGUGUGAAGGUUAAUGCUAGCUAAACGUCAGUAAACUUAACUAUUACUGCCAUUUAACUAAAGUUUGGUUCGUUUUACUAACGUUUACAGAUUGUGUCACUUUACAACGGUGUUACUAUCGCACAGGCUUCAGUCAUGGCCAGUCUGUCCAGCUAUGCCGUGCGCAUGGCCAGACUGAGCGCACAGAUCUUCGGGGAGGUGGUGCGUCCGACUGACUCCAGAUCGCUGAAGGUGGUGCAGCUGUUCCAGGAGCCUCCCAUGGCCCAGAGGAAGGAGGUGUAUGACUGGUACCCACAGCACAAGAUCUACUACUCCAUGACCCAGAAGCUCCGGUUCAUGGGACUGUUCAGAGACGAGCAUGAAGACUUCAAGGAGGAGAUGCGUCGCCUGAGGAAACUGAGAGGAAAAGGGAAGCCAAAGAAAGGAGAGGGGAAGAGAGCCAGCAAGAGGAAAUGAGAAGUAUAUCUAGGUUUGGGCAGACAGCUUUGGACGCUGUGCAUGCUGUCUUUGGACAUUACUGUUGCGGGAUGUCGAUGCCGAAAUAAUUCCAUUGUUUUGGUCGGAAAUGCAGUUCCUUUGUCACAAACUUUUCUAUGUUGGGAAUACCUUAGCUCAGCAUGACAUCAUCCUGUGUCAGUUGUACUGAAGUGAACUCCAUGCUUUUAUUGUUGAACAUUGUUUCAAAUCUUUCCUUAAAGAUACUUCAACAUGUUUAUGGUAAGGAUCAUCUGACCACACAUGUGACGAGAAGAAGAUUAUGUCCAUGUUUCAUAGAACUGUUAUUGGAACGGCUGGAAAAAGAUGUAAAGAAACAGGCAUCUUGUGUGUUUUCAAAAUAAAAAUCAAUGUAAGACAACAAA